CUGCGGGCGGAGCGGCCAUGGCGGCGUCGCUGCUGCGCCGCGGCCUGGAGCUGCUGGAGCCGCCGGCUGGGCCGGGCCGGGCGAAGGCGCCGCCGGGGCUCCGGCGAGGCCGGGCCGGACGCGGGGCGGCGGGCGCGGCGAGGCGGAGGAAGAGGGCCCCGGAGCCCGGCAGGAGCAAGGCCACGGUCAAGGGCAGAGUCGUGAGGUCGGCGAUAGAGGAGUACCAUAAGAAGAAGCCUGUGAAUCACUUGAGAGAAAACCUGAAGUACAUGUUAAAGGGACGGCUUGUUGCAAACAAAGCUGUCACAGAACAAGUUCUUGCUCAGAACAGAGGCAGGAAGUCCAAAGAUCAGCCUCCAGAGAAGACAGAAAAGAAGAAGCCUGAAGGCACUGUGUUUACUGAGGAAGAUUUCCGUAAAUUUGAGAGGGAAUACUUUGGGAUCCCAUAAACAUCGUGACAGGGAUUCUUGCAGCUCCAGUUUUUCUGCAGUUUCUCCAGUCUGGCUCUCAGGCCUGGGCAUUUCCUUGGCAUGUUUGAAAUGGCACAUGGGGGAUGUACCUCUGCCAGUAAGUGCCUCUGUGUCAGACUUGCAGAGCAGCUCUGCUUCUGGGCAGAGCUUGUUACUGGCCAGCUAAAGCCACAGAGGUGCUCUUGGCUCUGACAUGUGUUGUCCUUAUAAUUAUCCUCCUGCAGCCAGCAUGUCUUGCAUUCUUGAUGUAGGAGGGUGGACCAAGGCAAAUAAAAAUCAUUUCCCCUGCCUCAGGGUAUAAGGCUCCUGCUAUCUGUAUUAUUUGGCAGGGAGCAUUGAAAGUACUGUAUCUGAAUGGAGAAAUGUUUUGGACCAGCAUUAAGAAGGGAAGGAUGCUUUGAAAAACUGUUAAACUCAAAUAACCCUGAAGUUUGGGUCUUGAUUACUGCCACUGUCAGGCCUGUCAGUCAUUGCAAAAACUUUUUAUAUGUCGUUUGAUUAAAUAAUUGUUGCAGACAC